GUGUAUUUUAAUGAGCCGGCUCGGGGACGCGCACAGUUCGACGUGUAGUAGAUCUCGUUCAUUAGAGUUACGCUUUCUAUAGGACGCACAAAUACAUACACGUUAUUUCAAAAUUAAUUUAAAACACUAGUAGUUUAAAUAUAUACAUAUAUAUUAUUAUAUAUCAAGUGUCUCCACGAUGGCCCGAGGAGAAGGAGCUGAGCAGUAUUCCAACGCCAGUCUGCUGAGGAAAGCCGACAAAGUCACACCCUCUUCUAAGACGGAGCCCAAACGUCACUUGUCAGUUUGCAAUAAGCUCUGUUACGCUAUAGGAGGAGCGCCUUAUCAGGUCACAGGAUGUGCUUUGGGUUUUUUCCUCCAGAUCUAUCUCCUGGAUAUUGCUCUGCUGGAUCCAUUCUAUGCCUCCAUUAUCCUGUUCGUGGGACGAGCCUGGGAUGCCAUCACCGACCCCACUGUGGGAUUCCUAAUCAGCCGGACUCCAUGGACCAGAUUUGGGAGAAUGAUGCCAUGGAUCAUUCUGUCUACUCCAUUUGCAGUUAUUUCCUACUUUCUCAUCUGGUAUGUGCCUCCUGUUGAACAGGGCAAAGUAUUCUGGUACCUUAUAUUCUACUGCCUCUUCCAGACUCUACAAACAUGCUUCCAUGUGCCUUACUCAGCCCUUACCAUGUUCAUCAGUACAGAACAGAAGGAGAGGGAUUCAGCCACAGCCUAUCGUAUGACUGUGGAGGUUUUGGGGACACUCAUUGGCACUGGAAUCCAAGGGCAGAUUGUAGGAAUGGCCAAUGCACCCUGUAUUCCAGUUGGGAAUGAUCUUAACUCCACUUCCCAGAACUUUGGAUCUGAUGUCAACACCAGCCAACCACACAUUUCCCUGGAACAAACAAGACAGGCUUACAUGAUCGCAUCGGGAGUUAUUUGCGCCAUCUACGUCCUCUGUGCCAUAGUUCUCUUCUUUGGUGUGAAGGAGUGCAAAGAAACCUCAACCCGCUCGGAGCGCAUGUCCUUCUUCCGGGGCAUACGUCUGGUAAUGGGCCAUGGUCCAUAUGCCAAGCUGGUUAUUGGCUUCCUCUUCACCUCACUGGCUUUUAUGCUCCUGGAGGGCAACUUUGCUCUUUUCUGUUCCUACACCCUGGGCUUCAGAGAUGACUUUCAAAAUGUCUUGCUGGUCGUCAUGCUCUCUGCAACUCUCACCAUCCCCUUCUGGCAGUGGUUCCUUUCUCGAUUUGGAAAGAAAACCGCCGUUUAUGUUGGGACUACUAUCGUGAUUCCAUUCAUGAUCACAAUGGUCCUGCUGAAAAGUAAUCUCAUCGUGACCUAUGUUAUUGCCUUUGCUUCUGGAGUCAGCAUUGCUGCAGCCUUCCUCCUACCCUGGUCCAUGCUUCCUGAUGUGGUUGAUGACUUCAAAGUGCUAAAUCCUAAAUCUCAGGGAUAUGAAGCCAUCUUCUACUCGUUCUAUGUGUUCUUCACCAAGUUUGCCUCUGGAGUUUCAUUGGGAAUUUCAACUCUAAGCCUUGAUUUUGCCGGUUAUAUAACGAGAGGUUGCACCCAGCCAGAAGCAGUGAAUGUUACGCUGAAGGUUCUGGUUUCUGCUGCUCCAAUUGCACUAAUCAUCAUAGGACUGCUGAUAUUUACCACUUAUCCAAUUAACGAAGAGAGACGACAAGGAAACCGCAAACUGCUCAACGAGCAAAGGGAGUUGGAGUCAGAUGCAGAUUCAUUAGAAACCGAACUGGUCAAUGUAUUGUAACAUCACAGAACACUGCAGAGGGUCUUCAAACUGGACAACCAAAUAUGGGACUUUCAGAGACUAAUGAAUCUCCUAUAGAGGCAUUCAGGCCAAUUAUGUUUACCCAGUUGUGAUCGGAAAACUCCAGGUCACAUUGCCUAUCUGUGUCUGAAGGCUGCUCAACCACAUGCAAGGCCAAAAGACUCUUUUCCUUUUUUUUCCCCUUUUAAACAUGCACAAAAACUUGAAAUGUGAUAUUGAGGUUUAUGUUGCCAACAUUAGUGCUACUCACCAGAACAGGAUAAAAAAAAAAAACUGUCCUGAACUUGAAAAGCACAAAAUACUUACACUGCACUAACAUGUUUUCUACCUGGCUGAUGAUUGGGAGAAAUCAUUGUUGAUCUUUCAAAUAGGUUUCACCAAAUCCAGGGUACGUACGUUUUUUUGUUUUUUUUAAAUGAAACAUGAAACAUUGUUGUGAGGAAUAAUUCGCACUUUUGUAGUGUUACCAAAUAUAAACUUUAUACAACACUACUUUAUUACAGUGUACAGUGUUUAAAGACAACAGAGUACACUGCCAUGUCAAGUUUUGAACAAUAUUUAUUCAAACAAUAUUUGAUGUCUGUGCGAAAGGCAGUUGUGGGAUUUUAAACAAAACACAAGAUCAGACUGCACCCUGUUGGGGGGCAAUAACUCCAGUAUUUGCACGAAUUUUCUUGCCAUUUCUUUAACCAAGAUGUUUUUUCUUGGUGUAGUGACUUGGACAAGGUUGAUCUUGUAUAGUCGACUGCCUCCAAUAUGAGGAGAACAAAGCUCUUUAAUUAUUUAGUAUUUUAAAUAAUGUGUUGGUUUGGUCAUGUCAACAUCCAUGUAAUGCCUCUUUUUAAGGGAAAGAAAAAGAAAUGCUCUUGGAGCGAAUGAUGUCUCAACAUUUAAGAUUCUUAUGGUGUUGCAUCUUUGUUGUUUUACUGUGUUUUGUGUCUUAAAUUUUUUUUGUGUAUCUGCUGGCUAUCCAAAAGUUUUAAGAUGCCAUAACGGAAGCACUAGUAUUUUAUUUAAGUAUUGUUAAUUAUUGGGAUUAUUGUAGUGGAUGACUGUAUCUGUUCCUUUGACAGCGAUUGUUUAAAUAUGGACCGAUAAAAAGACUCUGCUGUUGAUUAUUUAAAAGCCAACGCUGGAUUUAAUCCUGAAUUGCAGAAUAUAAUUUUUUUUUUUUUUUUUUUUUUUGCAUUUCAUAUUUUUUUACAAAAAUCCCUUCAUGACUUGUGGAUAUACAUCAGUAUAUGGUGUCAUAUGUCAUACAUAUAUUAAUGUUUUGAUGAGGUCCUUACCUGUUUACUGCUAGCAGCAGUUUAACUGAAGUCUUGUACAUAUUUAUGUGUAAAUAUGUAUAUAAUGUUUGUACAUUGUUUAAAUAUAAGGUGUUAAUGAUUGUGAAAAAAGGUUUUGUUUAUUUGUGUAGUUAUUUAAAGUCUUUGCAUUGGAAUCUGUAAUGAUUUAAUAAAUGCUUAUUAACUCGUA